AUGUAUCUACCGAACGAGAUCAACAAGAUCAAGGAUCAGCGUAGAAGGAAGCGAAUGGGCAUUGAUGAUGACUCGGAAUUCAAUGUCAAUGAUGACACUAGCUACGACGACAAUGGUGGAGAUGUUGAAAAAUCGGAAGUGACCGAGCAAAACAAUGAAAAGAAAGAUGAACAGCAUGACCUUGGGAAAGACGAAAUUCCAAUAGAACCUUUCAAUAUGCGUCAAGAAAUGGCAGAAGGAGCAUUCGAUACAGAUGGGACUUACCUUGAACGUGACCGUAAAAUGACAUCUACAAAUCGAUCUCUUAACCGUGAUGAAGGUGAUGACCCAUGGAUACUCUCACUCGAGGAACAGGAAGCACUUGCUGAUAAGGGUGACUACAGUUCAUUCUAUAAGAAGAGGCCACGUAGAGCUGAUGAUAGUAAACCUGAUCUGGUACAGCAGCUAGAGGGUACACCUACAGUUGAUGUCAUUAAGCGACUUAUCAAGCUACUGGAACCUGGCGAGACCCCUGUCGAUGCUUUAAAAUUGCCUAAUAAACGUAAAAACAAGCCGACAUUGCCAGGGUUCAGAAAAAAAACUCAAGAUGAACCAACAUCGACGGAUAAUGUGAAGACAAAUGAGGAGGGAGAUGAACCGAAAGAGGUACCAGAAAACAAGGAAGAGAAGACUGUACUGUCGAAAAUGGAUAUCUCAGAUUUAACUCACGUACUAACAGUCACUUGGCAAAAUGUUUAUUAUAUGACAAAAGAAGAGAUACGUGGCUCAUUAGCCAAUGCCAUGAAACGAUGGAAACGCGGGACAGCGGAUGCGGAGAUAGGAAAAAAGUAUCAAUUUAGAUGGGUACGAGGAAGUGGAGAUGUUCAUGGUCCCAACUCUGAGCAAGAAAUAUUUAACUGGAUCGCUUUUGAUUACAUAUCAGACGCGAACCCAAUUGAAAUGCGUGAAGUUGGUAAAGAUGGCAAGCCUUUGAAGGAAGAAUGGGUUAAUUAUAAGGAUACAGAACUAUACAACUUCUUGAACCCAGGAUAUCAGAAGGCCAGUGCAGUGGAACAGGGUACAAAACAGCAAGAAAAUGAAGAAAAUGAGGAGACGAAUAAAGAUGCCGAGGGUGGCAGUACUGACGAUGACGAUGUUGACGACGGCACUUUUUCGAAGAAGCAGCGCAAAAAUGAACUCAUAGGUAUCAAGCCGAAGAAAAGCAUGCCUGAUGAAGAUUCACAAGGUUCUGAUGACGAACCCGAUGUAGAGUGA